UAAGCUCAUUGGGAAUAGUCCUGGUGCCUGCAAAACCCAUCUAUUUGUGGAUGGAGGCGGCCUGGGGGGGGGGGGGACACGAGUCAGAGGACGAGAAGGAGCGACUGAGUACAGACACGAGAGAGCGAGGGGAUACAGGGAAUAAUAUACAGUGAGUAGAGGAAGAGAAUGGCGUAGGAGGCGGAGCAUCACAAGGCGAUCACUGGAGACUUUUCUGUAGUUCUUAUACAUUACCACAAAACAGCAACUUCUCCUGGAUGAUGAUGAUGACGAUGACUACAGGUGGCACCAUGUGCAGAUCACUCCUGCUUCUCUCCGUCCUGUGUCUUCCCGGUGUCUUCAUGGAGCAGAGUCGUCUUCUAGAACAGAGGAAGCCUUUCUUUGAACGUUUCAGACGACUGGAGGAACAGUUUCGUCGCUUUCAAGAAGUAACCUUGACUCGUCUACAAGGGAUCGCCGAAAACUACAACAUCUCCUACAACAUCGAUGCCCGUUUUCACGACAUCUAUGCCCAGCAGAGUUCAUUGGCUGAAGCCUUCAAUGCUACCAAUGAGGUGACUCAGACCGAGCUGAACGGCAUCAAAUUCUGGCUGAAAAAGAUUCAGAAGAAAACCAAAAAUUUAGACUUGAAGAUCUCAGCUCUGGAGGAAGCCAUGGCCCAAAGGAGCAAACAGCUGACCAAGGAGAACAAAGUGAGAGAUGUGACGGUGGCCAACCUGACGUCAGCCCUCAGUGGUCAGAAGAGGAUCAUCUACCAGCUGGUGAAGGACAAGAGCGCCCUACAGAAGGGAAUGGAGAUAUUACGGGAGACUGUGGAAAGACAAGGAGCCAAAAUGGCAGGUCUGGAGAAGCAAAUACAGAAUAUGCAGCAAAAUGAGAUCCUGCCACCGAGUGCAUUGAUAGCACCACAAGAGAUGAACCGAACCCCUGAGACCAAGCAGGAGAUGCCACCUCAAGCCGAUACUGGACCCAAAACUGUCCACCAACGCAUGGUGAAGCUUCAGGCCAAACAUAAUCUGAGGAAGAAGCUGCAGGAAGAACAGCAGAUGCUGAUGACCACUAUCAAUAAGAUGCCUCCAAUGGCGGCAGAACGUAGAGAGGAGAAAAGGACAGCUGGUCCACCAGAGGAGCAGACAACAGCUCUGCAAACUACAAGGGCACCACCAAGGGUUACAAUGGUCCCACAUCAAAAUAUCAAAACUACCCAGGAGAUGGCCGAACCUGACAGUAACGCCAUCCACGUGUCAGCCUUACAAGCAAAUGUGACUAAGAACGAUAGUCCUCAAGGGGAAGAGAGACCUCCAGAUGUACUCACUACCAUGAAGACACCACGUGUCACCGAGGCCCCAGAACCUGAAGAGAAGACCACCAAAGGCCCAGCAACACUCUGUAAUGUGGAUUCUAUGCUCAUUUUCCCCAAUUCUUCCACGGAGAAUUUUGCAACGUUUGGUAAAGGGUUGAAGGAACCUUUACAUGAAUUUUCCAUCUGCAGUUGGGUGAAGACUAAAUCCAGCUAUGUGGGCACCCUCCUGUCAUAUGCAACAGAAGAGAACGACAACAAGCUUGUUCUUCAUGGUAGACAUGGGGCCACGCAUGAUUCUCUUCAUUUCGUCAUUGGAGACCCAGCCUUCCGAGACCUUCCUGUUGUACCACUGGCAGAUGGCAGCUGGCACCAUACUUGCUUCAUCUGGUCAUCCAUUCAAGGCAAAUACUGGUUUUACGUUGACCGAAGGUUAAUUUCUACCGGCUCUAGAUUUCAGAAAGGUUAUGAGAUCCCUCCUGGAGGAUCGUUGGUUCUUGGCCAAGAACAGGACACCUUGGGCGGUGGGUUUGACAGCUCGGAAGCUUUUGUUGGAUACUUGGCAGGAUUUGCUAUCUGGAAUAGAGCUAUAACACCUGGAGAAGUCUCUGGCAUUGCCACUGGAAAGGGCUUGCCAAGAGGUACCAUCUUAACCAUAGCUGAUGCCUCUUCCCUUCAUGGUUCAGUGGAGCGAGUGCACUGUACCUGCCUGGAGCACUGUCUGUAGACUUCAUUGCUUUGUAAAUAGAGUAUCGCUUCCAUAUUGGACUAUUCUUUAUACGACAGCUAUGGGCGCAUUACAUGGACUAUAUAAAACCCUUUGCCGUGACCAAUAAUCCCAAAAAAAUAUUAGUAUAUUUAGCUGGUCAGAAUGAGCGAAAGAUCCUGAGAUG